GUGGGACCCAGGAGACCUUGCUGUAAGAAGCAGAGUGUUUCCUUUUGAUACGCAGGCAGAAUAAUUAAAACAAGCAACAAGAUUCAUCAAAUCCUUAUCUUCUCCUCUUUCACUCACCACCAAUUGCUCCCACCAACUUGUUCCCCACAAAACACUCUCUCUUUCUUUUAUUCUCUCAUCUCCAUUUCUCAAAGCUCUUUCUCUGAACCUACGCUUCUGCUAAGCAAUAAACCCUUCUUUUUAAGCAUUCUUGACAAACCUAGAUUUGUUGGUUUCUUGUAUACGGACGGUGAUGAAGAUACAGUGUGAUGUGUGUGAGAAAGCUCCGGCGACGGUGAUAUGUUGUGCCGACGAAGCUGCUCUCUGUCCUCAAUGCGACGUCGAGAUUCAUGCCGCUAACAAACUCGCUAGCAAGCACCAACGUCUUCAUCUUAAUUCUCUCUCCACCAAAUUCCCUCGUUGCGAUAUCUGCCAAGAGAAGGCAGCUUUCAUUUUCUGCGUAGAGGAUAGAGCUCUGCUUUGCAGGGACUGCGAUGAAUCCAUCCACGUUGCUAAUUCUCGAUCUGCUAAUCACCAGAGGUUCUUAGCCACUGGGAUCAAAGUAGCUCUGACCUCAACUAGCUGCAAUAAAGAAAUGGAGAAGAACCAACCUGAGCCUUCCAACAACCAACAGAAACCUAAUCAGAUUCCGGCUAAAUCCCCAAGCCAGCAGCAACAACCUUCUUCUGCUACUCCUCUUCCGUGGGCUGUUGACGAUUUCUUCCACUUCUCUGAUAUCGAAUCCACUGAUAAGAAAGGACAGCUUGAUCUCGGGGCAGGGGAGUUGGAUUGGUUUUCAGACAUGGGAUUCUUCGGUGAUCAGAUUAAUCACAAGGCUCUUCCUGCAGCUGAAGUUCCUGAGCUUUCUGUUUCGCAUUUAGGUCAUGUUCAUUCAUACAAACCCAUGAAGUCGAAUGUUUCCUACAAGAAGCCGAGGUACGAGAUCAGAGAUGAUGAUGAUGAUGAGGAGCACUUUAUUGUCCCUGAUCUUGGCUAAAAAGCUAUAUGUAAGCUAUAUGUGUAGACAAUCUUCAAUGUAAAAGAAGAAACAGAACCAAUCUGCAUAAGGAUGAUGUGUGGAGUCAAUGUCAUAUACAUUUUUAGUUUUGUCAUAAGUUGUGUAGGAUAUGUUGAGAGCUUAUCAUAAAUGUCUGUGUGUUGAGUUUUGUUCAUACCACUUGAACAUGGUAUAUGCUUAAUGCUUGAUGCUACAAACCGAUUCUAAA